GAUUUAAAGAAAGGACUGAUCUUUGUGAUUUGCAGUAGCAUCAUCACAGCAGGGAUUUUUCUUGUGAUUGGUCUUACACGAGUGGGAUACAUCAUCCGAGUGCUAUUUCUUAUUACUAAUCAAGAACUUGAAGAAAUUCUGAUUGGCAUAGCAUCCCUCUGUUUGCUGUCUGUGAUUCUAAAUACUGGGUCUGCAAUCCAUGGAUAAUUAUUAAUGAAAAAAUACACCACUUUCUGUCUCCUCGCUGAGUUGUUGAGGUUCAUUGCAAAAUUAGGGUGUAUUUUCUCUCUCAUGGCUACACCCUUAAUAACUAGAAGACCAAUCUUGAUACCUAUAAUAUCAGCAUAUGUGUCAGCAUUGGUUUACCUUCUCUUUAGCUAUAUAGGAUAUAAAAUUUUCUUGAUCAAUGAGCUACCAGAUGAAAGCACAAAGAAACUGACAUACCACAACAUGAUUAAAGUAACACUACCCCUAGGACUACAAGAAUUGAUCGAAAGAUGUGAAACUAUUAUUCUCAGCUUUACAGUUGCACAACUAACUCCAUCUGAAUCUAUGCGAAGUAUGGCACUGGCGAACAUUCAUGUCCUCCACGCAGCAUUUUAUUCAUUGCGAAGGACAUUAGUCAGUAUUGCAACAAUGGUAUCUGCAUAUCUUGCAUCUGGGAGUAACUCAUCAUUACAUUUUGACCAUGAACUAGUUAUCUGCACCUCCAUUAUUGCAAUUGUUUCAUUUUUGAUUUCAAUUUCAAUAUGUUGGAUAACUCCCAUUACAAGGGUUAUAUUCUUAUAUUUAUUUCAUAUUUCUGAAGAAAAUUUCAUUGGAGUAUACUAUCCCUUUAAGUUGUUUACAUUCUGGCCGAUUGUUCAAACAUUUGCUUUGUUUUCCCUUGGAAUUUUACUGCAUAAGAAAGACACGAAGAUGUCAAUAGUGAGUUCUGCUUGUCAAGUCAUUAUAAUGGGUUGCCUACCAUUUGCUUUAGAUCAUCUUGGAUUUAAUGUUUUACUGUCUUCAGUGAUGGCUUUGUUUACUGCUCAAUCAUCUACUGCUAGCAUACUUUUCUCAUACCUUUACUUGAAGUAUUUAAGAAAGUCUCAAUCGCAUCAAAAGGAUUGCUAUUUGUAACCAUAACAACUAGAAAUUGGCAACGUUUUUAAAUAUGCUUUUAUCAUUUGUUUACUACUUUUAAUGACUUUAAAAGUUAUUUUAGAGAUUCUUUGAUAAGCUUUUUUAGACUUAUUAGUCUUAGUAAGUGCUUAUCAUAGAUCAGCUGAUUAUCAUAUACCUUCUAUUCAAACAACAUAUGUCUUUAGAUUGUAUACUAUACACCCACAAAGGUGUCAUGUAAAAUCUUGUAAAUAAUACUACAUAUACAUGUAUAAGAAAAUAAAGCUGGUAAAAGGUUGAAUUGUUUUAUUCAUCAAAUAUUCCACCUUGUACAGUGCAAAAGAAAAUCUCAACACCAUUGCAAAUGUUAUUUUGUGACUGGGUAAAAUGUAUGGAAUAAUGUAAGAUCAAGAACCUAACAGUAAAAGCUAGUACCCUGCCCUGCGUGCAGGGUCUAGUUAUAAACUACCCUCUGCCUAGUAUAGAC